CCACUGGCGAGUAAGGACUCCUCUCUUUUCACCUUCUGCUUCCACAGUGGCAUUCAUCACUGGCUUCCAGCAGCUGGAAGAGAGAAGGUUGUGAUUGAGCAGAAGACAAACUCCUCUCCACAGAAACAUGUUGCUGUGGUCAGUAUGGAGUGUGAUGUUGCUUCUGCUAGCAGCAGAAGCUGUGGAGAAAGAAGAUGUCCGAGCCGGGUGCAGCACAGCUGUAAAUGACCUGGUGUACAUUGUUGAUGGUUCUUGGAGUGUCGGGCCGGAUGACUUUGAAACCGCCAAGCUAUGGCUCAUCAACAUCAGCAGCCAGUUUGACAUCAGCCUUCAUUAUACGCAGGUGGCCGUGGUCCAGUACAGUGACACACCCCGACUGGAAAUACCGCUGGGGAUGCACCAUAGUGGAGUUCAGCUCAUCCAGGCCAUACAAAACAUCAACUACCUGGGAGGGAAUACGCAGACUGGCAGGGCUAUCAAGUUUGCAGUGGACCAUGUGUUCUCUGCCUCCCAGCGGGUCAGCCAGGUCAAGAACCGUAUAGCGGUGGUUGUCACAGAUGGAAAAUCUCAGGAUGAUGUGGUGGAUGCAAGCAUGGAGGCUCGAGCUCAGGGUAUUACGGUGUUUGCAGUGGGAGUUGGCAGUGAGAUCACCACCUCAGAACUGAUUUCUAUUGCCAAUAAGCCGUCAUCUACAUAUGUCCUGUAUGCCCAAGAUUACACCAACAUCGACCGGAUUCGAGACUCAAUGGAGCAGAAACUAUGUGAAGAAUCGGUUUGCCCCACAAGGAUCCCAGUGGCCUCUCGUGAUGAGAAGGGCUUUGAGCUGAUGUUGGGCAUGAACAUUCAGAAGAAGGCCAAGAAGAUUUCUGGUUCCCUUGCUUCAGAGGCAGCCUAUGCUCUCACUUCCUCCACAGACAUUACCGAGAACACCAGAGAAAUUUUCCCAGAAGGUCUUCCGCCUUCAUAUGUAUUUGUGGCCACUGUACGUCUGAAGGGGAACUUUAGCCAGUCGAUCUUUGACCUUUGGAGGGUUUUGUCCAAGAGUAAGGAAAUCCAGGCUGCAGUGACACUCAACGGAAAAGAUCAGUCUGUCAUCUUCACCACCACCAGUGUGACAGAAGUAGAGCAAAAAGCCAUCUUUAAAAAAGGCUUCAAGACGCUGUAUGAUGGGAAAUGGCAUCAGCUGAAGAUUCUGGUGAGCCCUCAGCAUGUCGUCAGUUUCCUUGACGACGAACUGAUCCAAGAGAUCACGCUGAAGCCCGUGGAGCCCAUUUACAUCAAUGGAAAGACACAGAUUGCCAAGAAGCGGGGGUCACAGGUCACUGUACCGGUGGAGAUCCAGAAGUUACGUCUGUACUGUGAUCCUCACCAGAGCGAGAGAGAAACUGCUUGUGAAAUCUACUCUGUGGAUGAUGAAAGGUGUCCACUGAAUCGAACAGCCACCCCGGAACAAGAAGAAGAAGAAGACUGCAACUGUGCCCUCGGCCCACCAGGGCAGCGUGGCCCACCAGGACGGAUGGGUUUCAGAGGUGAAAAAGGGAGGGAAGGACCACCGGGACCUGAUGGUAAGCCUGGUAAAGAAGGUAAACCUGGUGAAGCCGGCCCUCCUGGAUUUCCAGGGAUAAAAGGUGAAGAAGGCCCCCAAGGACUAAGAGGAGAGCCUGGUGUUAAAGGUAUCAAGGGAGACCGAGGGGAACCAGGUCUAACUGGAAAACCUGGACCAACAGGACCACAGGGACUUCCUGGAGAGAGAGGUGAGGCAGGACCUGUAGGAGAAACUGGUCUUAAGGGGGAACCAGGACCACCAGGUAUGGAUGGAGCAGCAGGGCUAACAGGACAGAAG